AAACACUAUGAAUUCAAGCAAUAUAAGAAAGGCUUGAAAGCUACCGAACAGAUACUGAAAAAGUAUCCAGAACAUGGGGAGACGUUAGCUAUGAAAGGUUUAUUUCUUAACCAUAUGGAUAAAAAAGAAGAUGCUCGAGAAUUCGUACGAAAGGGCCUCCGAUCUGAUCUGAAAAGCUGGCAUGUAUAUGGAUUGCUACAUCGAUCCGAUAAGAAUUAUGGUGAAGCGUUGAAAUGUUAUACUCAAGCUUUAAAAAUCGAUAAGGAUAACAUGCAGAUCCUUCAAGAUUAUUCUCUACUCCAAAUCCAAAUGCGAAAUUAUGAAGCUUUUAAUUUGAGGCCAAAUAAUCAAAGAUAUUGGUUAGGACUUGCAAUAUCUUAUCAUCUAUUGGAAAAUUACGAAACUGCUGAAAGAGUUUUGAAAAUUUAUGAAGGAACUCUUAAACCUGGUCAAACAAAUUACGAGCAUA